AUGCGAGGAAACAAAAAAUUGGGCGCCCACAGCAUGUCGCCGCAAAGGCUGUCGCCGAGCGCCGCCAGCGGGCGUGGGACUGGACGCCGACCAUUCGCCCACUGCCGUGCUCGCUUCGCCCCACACUUGCUGCGUGCCAGUGCCAUACCUGCGUAUGUCUCGCGGUUGUCCGUGCUCCUGGCCGUCGCAGCGGCCCACUAUGUUGACUGGUUGCAGGCCCGCCUGGCCACCGCUCCUGGGGCAUGCAUGCUUGCAGAGCGUGGGCCGCCUCGCCAGCAGCACAAGUGGAAACACAGAUCAGCACAAGUGGAAACACAGGAUACUGGUGUGGGUGGCAUGUGGCCUAGAAACCCGCAGCAAAUUGCUUUGGCAGCGUGCUGGCAACAAGCGGCGUGA